AUGUCUUCAUUUUACCGAGUGGUCGAGCACACGGUCAAUUGUUGCCACACAAGGGAUCAUGUCGCAGCAACAGCUCAUAGCGAUUCCGACGCCCCAAAACUCGCGGUGAAGCAGUACAUUCCUCUUGAUAACCCGAACCCACAGCCGGGUGACGUCACCAUCAUUGGGGCUCAUGCGAAUGGCUUCCCCAAGGAACUGUACGAGCCACUCUGGGAUGAAAUCUACAAGCGAUCCACCCAAAAUGGCUUGCGCAUCCGAUCAGUCUGGAUAGCGGAUGUGUGGAACCAAGGCCAAUCAGGCGUUAUCAACGAGAAGAUACUCGGGAAUGAUCCUAGUUGGUCGGAUCAUGCGAGAGAUCUGAUGAACCUGAUCAACCAGAAGCAAGAUUCUAUGCCUCACCCAAUCGUGGGAAUAGGUCACAGCAUGGGCGGAACCCAACUUUCUCUCCUCUCUCUCAAUCACCCCCGUCUGCUCAGGUCUCUAGUCCUGAUUGACCCUGUCAUUCAAGCUCCAAACGGCAGCAUCCCUCCAGCAAUUGCCUCAACCCCUCGUCGAGACAUUUGGCCAUCCAGAGAAGCUGCCGCAGAACGGUUCAGAGGAGGCAAGUUCUUUCAAUCAUGGGAUCCUCGAGUCCUUGAUCUCUGGAUAGAACAUGGUCUUCGGCAAGCCCCAACAGAGCUAUACCCUUCGGAAGGGGCAGAGCCUGACGAACGCGUUACCCUCACAACCUCGAAACACCAAGAAUUGUUCAUGUUCCUUAGGCCGACCUAUCGGGGCAUCCCUGGGGAGGAGUACAGGGAUCAAGAUCCGGUUGCUGAUCAAGAAUACCCCGGUUACCCAUUCUACCGUCCCGAACCACUCCAGGUCUUCCGCCGUCUCCCCGAACUGCGCCCCAGCACACUGUACAUAUUUGGGGAAAAGUCAGAGCUAUCACCGUUGGAACAGCGUGAGGCGAAGAUGGCACGAACGGGCACGGGCGUCGGAGGUAGUGGUGGCGCUGCUGCCGGUCGAGUCAAGGAGGUGGUUCUAGACUGUGGACACCUUGUAGCCAUGGAAAAGGUUCAAGAGUGCGCAGACUCCAUCACAAAAUUUCUUGGGGGCGAGAUGGAGAGAUGGAGACGAGACAGGGAAGAAUUCAAGAUAUUCUGGAAUGGAAAGAAGAGACGGGAGCAAAUUACGAUUGAUGAGCAUUGGGCAGACAGGGUUAAGCCCUCAGGGCCGGCUGGCAAGGUGAAGCUUUGA